AUGGACAAGUAUCUCUCUAAGGCUGAUGAGCAAUACGUCGACCAGGAGCAGGCACUAGAAGAGGAGCUACUCAGCAGUCUCUUCACUUCUAAGAUGAAACAGAAUAAGCAGAGUGCCCCCUACUGGCGCGUGUCACUGACCAACCUGUGCAGGAUGGUGAGCGGCCUGCGGCAGGAGGCAUGGAGCGGCGAGGAGGAGGAGGGCGGCGAGCCGAGGGAGGAGAGCAUCCAGCUGCUGGAGGAGCUGUACAGCCUGCAAAACAUCUGCCGAGUGCUGCAGAGCCGGGAGGAGAGGCUACUUCACAACUCUCUAGAAUAUUUAGAGGAAAACAGUGACACUCCGCUGAAACGAAAAUCACCCUACAUCCUGAAGAGACAAGCGGCGCACACCACCAAGUCCCGGAGGCCGUACAUCUUAAAACGAAGUACAAUUUACUGA